AUGGCGGCAAUGCGAGGACCGCGCUUGCAAGUUGGCUCUGCAGCAUGGAUUACCGAGGAACGAAAUGCAGCUCUACAGAUCACUCAAUCGGAGGUUGAUGAGUUCUCGUACUCCGCCCGAAAUGAGCUCGACUGGCUCAACGAGCACAUGGCAAGCAUCUUUAAUGAAAAUGAAAUAAACUUUGCAGAAACAUUCAAAACACCAGCAAAACUUCGCGGAAAGACACCGAGAACCGCUAGAAAAGCGAAACCUCUGGAGACACGCGUGCCUCUUUCCGAGGUCUUCUCUGCAACUCCAAACGGAGCUUCGAGUCCCAUAAGUCGUCUGCAAUCUCCGGGAGUACACGAUGACGCAGCGAGAGGCUCUCCAAGUCCCGUCAGACCAUCGCCGGCUCGUGUCGCAGUUUUCUCACAGAAGUCAGCCAUACAAGUGACACAGGACUCUGGCUACUUUGGGAGCCAAGAUGUUGCCUCAGUGAAUAUUCACAUGGACUCAGACUCUGAUGGACACGACCGGCUACAACAAGGUGCUGUGCAGACCACGACAGUUCCACUGAAGAAUAGCCCCGCAAACGCUUCCACUCAACCUUCGCCCGAGAAGACAUUCCAAACGGCUAAAGAGGACCAGACAGCACGAGUUUCUGCAGAUGCAUCAAAAAAGAUCAUCCCUGAAGCACAACUCAAUCUUCAUCGCGAAUCAGAGUACGAAGAUGAUGUAUCACCUGAACGACAGUUGAGUUUGGAAGCAAAACAGGGCGCACGUUACCCUGAUGAUGAUGCCCGAUCUGCAUCGGACGGCUCUAGUCCUAUUCGGCCUAUAGUUCGUAAGAGCAGUCUGAAUUUUGCAUCGUUGCCAGCCCGGGAGCCUCUCGCAGCUGGUAAGACCAAUGGUGCGCGGGCCUCUCGAACCAGCCAUCUCGACCACAUCAGGACUAGUUACUACAAUAGACCGACAGGAGGCAAGAGCCUUGGAGGAAACCUAACGAAGCCGGACCGAGAUGAGAACCAGGAAAAUGAAAUGGAGGUGGAUGAUGAACUUCCUUCGCAUCCUGCUACAAAUCAGGACAACAAGACUUACACCCAACGGCUCCAAGACCAGAUCAACAUGCUUGGCCAAUCUCAAGCGAAGAGUGUCCAAACACAGCCGCAGAGCAAGACCUCUGCCCUCAAAGCCGUUUCUCCGAUUCCCUUGAACACGCUUCAAUCCACACCGGGGGCUUUUCCAGAAGAUGAUGAUGACGAUUGGAUCGAGCCACCAGCAACUCUAGCGGCGGCAAAUGAGGAACGGCCAAGCCUGCCAAAAAGCCAUUCAGCAGAUGUAAUGGAGGGCAUUCAGGGCAAAAAGACUAUUGGCGAAACGGAUUUUGCCAUGUCAGAUGACGACAAUGCCGAGGUCGACAAGCAAUUUGCCCAUCCGGGCAAAGGCAAUGGUGCGAAGCUAACAUUUGGGCAUGGAAAGUCUGCCUCUGUUCCGGUUGUACCGAACAUGCGCCCCGCAAUGGAGGAUACUCACUAUCUGAAGAAAGUUGUGUCUGUUUCCAACCCAAGUCUACUGAAUGUGGCCGAAGCUGGUGCUUUGGGCACAUCCAAGUCACCUUCACGGGCAUUCCGAGAGAGCCCUUUGAAGCAAGUUAAGAACAAGCUCUCGUCUAUUCUCAAAAGCUCCAGAGGACUGCUCGUCAGUAGUGCAGCUAUUAGUGCCGAAGGGAAAUCGCUAAUGUCUCCUUCUUCAAACCGUCUCGGUCUUCAUUCUUUUAUGUCAUCAGAAUCCGUUGUUUCUCAGCAAGAAACUGGCUCCUCAGGAUCCCAGAGCGCGCCAGCCAACCAAGAUGCAAGCCCUACGCGGCUAACACGGCGUACGCGAGCGUCUGUUGAGAAGGAGAAAGAAGAGAAGAGACGUGAAAAGGAAGCCAAAAGAAUGGAGGAGCAAAAUGAAAAACUUGAGAAGGCAAGGCAAAAGGAACGCGAGAAAGCCCGUGUGUUUAGCAAGGAACAGGAGAAAGUUGCUGCCAUGGAGGUGCAAAUUGCAUCUAAGAAGGAAGAUGAACGGUCAGCGGUCAAGGAAACACCUAAGUCUUCAAGGACUGGACAUCGUAAUGCAAAAGUUUCUGGGGAAGAAACAACUUCUCUGAAUAAAGACAUCGACAUGGAGGAUGCCCCUUCGAUGCCACCACCGUCUGCGCCUCGCUCUCUUGGUCCAACUCACGCCACACGCAACAGGGAAACCAAGCGACCAUUUACAAGGGAAACACAAACUCGGCCAAAACAGGCGCCCACUGUUAUUCGAGUUAACACAGGAUCCCAACAUUCACAGUAUCGGUUGUCUACUGCACAGCCUGAUGUACCAAGUCUCUCUGCGAGCCAAACGCAACAACAGCUUACAAGCAGGGCUAGCAAGGCAUCAUUGCAACCAAAACAAUCAACACAGAGCUUGAGAGGGGCGGCUACUGCCGGCCGAGCUAAGGCGCAGGAAGUGGCUGCCAGGAAGAAGGAACAGGAAGAAAAAGAAACCCAGAAGAGACGCGACGCCAAGGCUGAGAUGGAACGAAAGAAAGCCGCAGUUCAGGAAGAGCAACGAAGGCAAGAACAGCUGAAACGCCAGGAGACUGAACGCCAAAGAAAGCAACAACAACAAGAACAGGCCGCACUGCAAUCCCAAUCCCAGACCAAAGGCAAUGCUCAGAGAAAAGCUGCCAUUGAAAAGGCGAAGCAGACCAGGGCGCCACCCCCUGCUGUGCGUUCCCAGCCUAAUGGCCCACCGGACUCUGCGAUGGGCCAGGAUAGUCAACCUGCGCGCCCCCAGCCUCGGAUGACAUCCACUGCAAACUCGGGUCAGGAUGAGCUUGGUAGGCCAGUUAAUGGGGUCUUAUCCAACACGGGCAAAGCCGGUUCGAAACGAAACUUCGUCCAAGAGAAAGGCGAUAAUGACUAUGAAAAACGCCCCCAAUCUCGCGGGGGCCCAGCAUAUCAAAUUAACGACGCUAAGCGACGACGAACCAGUGACGCUUUUGAUGAUGAAGCUGAUACAUCUGGCCAAAGGAACAUCAAGGGACCCCCUGUUCGACCAUCAGCUGGAUUCAAGAAGGAGCUACCGCCGAAGACUGUUUUUCAGAGCGGUUACACAAAUGCACCACAUAGUGCUACCCGCGAUCUCUUCAAGGCCACCAUAACCGCCCAGCAUGCCAACCAGAUGAAGGCAUCCCACCCCUUAGAAAUGGCUCAAAUCUCGAAGGGUGCUAUUCCAUUUGCCCCUAACCCGAACGCCGCAGGCCCAGCUUAUAAGACUCCUGCCCGACCUGGCCCUGUCAAUAGUGCCAAGUCUGCUGCCAAGUCUGUGCCGAGGUCUUCUCCGCGUUUCCAGAAUGGUGAAGCAAUUGAACUGCCUGAAAUCCAAACUGAUGACGAUAGUGAAGACGACGAGGCAAACGGCGUUGUAGUGGCGCCUUGGGCGGACUCACCAGAUCUAAGAAAAGCCUUGGUUGACCAGGAGACUAUGGAUCCUUCACUGAUUUUUGGACCGCCGCGACCGCUCAACAUGGAAGAAGUGUUCAGCAAGAGCAAAGAUAGGUGGCACAAAUUCCGUGCCAGAACCUCGAGUGCUAACUGGAGUGGGGCCGAUCGACUAACAGAAGAUGACAUUAGAAAGGAUAUGGCAGCCCGAGACAAGCUCAGGCGGGAUGGUGGCUGGUCUUAUGAGAUGAGCAAAGACAUGCUUUAA